AUGAGCUACCCGCUCGCGGCUGCGAGUGGGACGGGAAAAACGCGGCAAACAGCAAUUCUAACCCCGGCUACCCUCCACCCAUCCCCACCCAGCCCCCUGGUGCAGCAAGGGCAGGUCCGCGCGGCGAGCGCGGCACGGACAGCCGUGACGCCCGCGGACCGCCAGGCCGCAAGGGCCACAAGAUUCAGGAGUACAAAAGUAAACAGGGGCAAUUGA